GCCUUAAUUCGCCUGAAUAGGGCUGCGUUCGGAAAUACUAUCCUACGGGUGGAAUCGGGUGAACGAUGGUGGGGGCAGGGUGUACUCCGGGUGUGAAUAGUUUCCGAACAGCAAAUAAACGAAAAUGGCGGGUGAAGGGUCUCGGACAAAUAUUGUAGCCUGCGCCGUGGUUAUUGGACACGAAUUAAUAAAGAAAACUUUGGAUAGCUUAUAUCCAGAAAGUAGCGACGACGAAAUCGCUGAUAUAAUUGAAGAGGCAAAUCUUGUGGAAGGUCGGCUACGACUUGGUAAUCGAGGCUACUAUGAAGUUAGGGAACAAGUAUACGUCAAUGAAAUUAUACCAAGAUUUAGUGAUUUAGUGUUUCGUCAACAUUUUCGUAUGACCAGAACAACAUACGAAAAUUUCGAACGACGAUUAACUCCGGCAUUAAUGCAAAUAGGGAAGAAAGGAAGACCAAUGAUUCCAGUUAGAAAUCAGCUCCUGUCAGUUAUCUGGCUUCUGGCAAACCCCAGAUUCGUUUCGGUGAGUAACAGUUUUUCUAAUAAUAUAAGCAUCAAAUUCUUCAAUUCGUAAUGUAUACACUAACUAAAUGAGUGUUAUAGGUCUGUAGCAGAUCGUUUCAACAUGGGGAAGUCGAUUUUACAUGAUUCUUUCCGUAGAGUUGUGAGUGCUUUAAAUGACAUAGCAGAUAGUGUUAUUGUGUGGCCAAAAGGAGACAGAUUAACUGCUGUAAAAAAUAGAUUCCAUGAAAUUGGUGUCCUUCCAGAUGUUAUCGGAGCUAUUGACGGUUCUCAUAUACCCAUUCUUGCGCCACAUGUAAAACCAUUACAUUUAUGUGCUGAUUAUUUUCUCAUUGAUUGUAAUGACAUAAUUCAUCUUAUUUUUAUGUUCUUGUCUGUCCAGCUUCACUCUGAAUCAUACAGAACCAGAAAAUGUCAAUAUGC